AUGGCCAUAGGAAGAGUCCUGCUCGGCUCUCUGCUGCUCCUAUCCCUGCAGCUGGGCCUCGGCGGCAACCCAAGUACGCCAGGGGCUCCAAUGGUGGAGGGAACACUCUCGUCUGAGCCGGCAGCAGACAUGGGGACCUGGAAGGCACAGCUGAGUGCCCGCCUGCGCCGAGCCCCGGCCGGCCCAUGCCAGCUGCAGAGCUUGGCCCUGCCAGUGGUGGAGCUGGGCCUGGGCUAUGCUUCGGAGGAGACGAUCAUCUUCCGCUACUGUGCUGGCAGUUGUCCCCGAGGUGCCCGCACCCAGCACAGCCUGACGCUGGCCUGGCUGCGGAGCCAGGGCCGAGCACAUGGAAGCCCCUGCUGCCAGCCCACCCGCUAUGCUGACGUGGCCUUCCUGGAUGAUCACCACCGCUGGCAGUGGCUGCCCCAGCUCUCAGCAGCUGCCUGCGGCUGCAGUGGCUGA